GUUAGCAUGUGGCAAGGUUAGCUUUAGAAUGGUUGUGACGGCUACUUCUUUUUGAGCUAUUUGCAUGGAAAAUGUUGUGACCUUAAAAAUUAAUAUUUUUUUUUGAAAAUACGCUUUUCCUCACGCUCAUGUUCCCACUUGAGAGUGGAGGCGUCGGCGCAACCCAAGUCGGGGAGGAACGCCCUCGCUUGCCACUUUUUCCAGCAUGGAGAACACGACCGAUGGUACGUGGAAAACGUUGGCUGUUAAAUUAAACGACAACAUAUUAGAGACGCUCCGCGAGCUCAAAUUCACGCAUAUGACGCCCGUCCAGGCUGCCUGUAUCCCACUUUUUAUGAGGAACAAGGAUGUGGCAGCUGAGGCGGUGACUGGGAGUGGGAAGACACUGGCGUUCGUCAUUCCCAUUCUGGAGGUUCUGCUCAGGAGAGAAGAAAAGCUUAAGAAGAUGCAGGUGGGCGCACUGGUGGUCACGCCCACGCGUGAGCUGGCCGUGCAAAUUAACGAAGUGAUCGGACGCUUCCUCCAGAAGUUUCCGCAGUUCACGCAGAUGUUGAUGAUUGGUGGCAACAACCCGAUGGAGGAUGUUGAAAAGUUCAAGGAACGCGGGGCUCACAUUGUGGUCGCUACGCCUGGCCGCCUGGAGGACAUGUUCCGCAGGAAGGGGGACGGUGUGGACCUGGCCGGCUCGGUCAAGAGUCUGGAUGUGCUGGUUCUGGACGAGGCCGACAGACUUCUGGACAUGGGCUUUGAGAACAGUCUGAACGCCAUCUUGAGCUUCCUGCCCAAGCAGCGUCGCACGGGCUUGUUCUCGGCCACACAGACGCAGGAACUGGAGAAGCUAGUCCGAGCCGGACUCAGGAACCCGGUCCGCAUCGCCGUCAAGGAGAAGGGCACCGCCGACAGCGUCACCUUCAGGACACCCGCCAGGCUAUGCAAUUACUACACGGUAUGUCGUGCUGAGGACAAGUUCAACCAGCUGGUGGCGUUUCUACGGCAACACAAACGUCAGAAGCAGCUCGUCUUCUUCAGCACGUGCGCCUGCGUGGAGUACUUUGGCCGUGCUUUGGAAACUCUGGUGAAGAAGGUCCCCAUCCACUGCAUUCACGGCAAGAUGAAACACAAGCGCAACAAAAUCUUUGCUGACUUUCGAGCCCUCGAAAGCGGCAUCCUGGUGUGCACGGACGUCAUGGCGCGUGGCAUCGACAUCCCCGACGUCCACUGGGUGCUGCAAUACGACCCCCCCAGCAGUGCCAACGCUUUCGUACACCGCUGCGGUCGCACGGCGCGCAUUGGUAACCACGGCAACGCCUUGGUCUUCCUGCUGCCAAUGGAGGAGUCCUACGUCAACUUCCUGUCCAUCAACCAGAAGUGUCCGCUGCGGAAAAUGCCGGCUGUGAACGACGUGGUGGAUGUGUUGCCCAAAGUAAAGGCGCUGGCACAGGAGGACCGUGCCGUCUUCGAAAAGGGCAUGAAGGCCUUCGUGUCGUACGUGCAGGCCUACGCCAAGCACGAGUGUAGCCUCAUCUUCAGGGUCAAAGAUUUGGACUUUUCCUCUGUGGCCCGCGGCUUUGCGCUCCUUCGUCUGCCCAAGAUGCCGGAACUGCGCGGGAAAAGCUUCCCCGACUUCCAGCCGGUGGCGUUGGACACUGACACCAUUCGUUACAAAGACAAACAGCGUGAGAAACUACGGCAGAAGAUGCUGGCGGAGCUCAAGUUGAGGCAGCAGGAUGACGACAAGACCAGGACCAAGAAAGCCGUCGGGAACCUUGCCUGGUCCAAACAGAAGGCCAAGAAGAACAAACGCAAAAAGAACGCCGCCAAGAGGAAACGGGCGCAGUGCUCCGAUGACGAGGACCAAGACAUUGAGGAGCUCAUGAAGGAUACUCGUCUGCUCAAGAAACUGAAGAAAGGGCAAAUUUGCGAGGGGGACUUUGAGCGACAGAUCACCGGUGGGGCGAAUCAUUAAAGACACUUUCAGAUUUA